UCAGUUGUAAGACCAUCAAUGACAAUGAUACCUUAUUCGUAGCGGCGGCCGCGACCCACGUGCCCGACCUCCCUUCGUAUUCCCAUCAUUGACAUGACUGCAUUUCCCUUGACACUUGCAUUCUUUUCUUCCGCGCCCUCACGCGCAUGGGAGGGGCCUGACAGCGUUUGAGCCCUGUCCGCGCGCCGCUGCACAGGAGUGUUGGUUGCCUCACCCGGCUAGUCCAAGCGCGCUUUGCCCAGAUCAACCAACCUGUUCCCCCUCUAUCCACUCGUCUGCGCGUACGAGGGGUCUCACCGGGGCUCAUGGAAUACGAAGACAUCGAUAUCGUGUCGCAGGCACAGACGGCGCUCACGCAGGACUGCUCAUAUCUCGUCGCUAUGUCCAUUCUCCUGUGGGACCAUGCCCUGACAUUCGACCAAGAGAUCCAGUACAUCUGGGCUCGUAAGAAGAGGAUGAGCGCGUAUCUCUUCCUGGUCGUGCGCUACGGGGUCAUCGUCGCCAAUCUCCCCCACCUCAUCUUCAUCUAUGCGCCCAUAUCUUUGACGGUACGGGACCCGAUAUGGCUGAGAAAUGCUAUCUCGUCGCUAUUACGCAUCAGGUCGGUAUGUUGCUCACGCAACUGGUGGUGUCUGGUCCUGAUCAUGAUCGGGCGCGUUUACGCGCUCUCUGGACGAAACCGCCGCCUGCUUCUCUCCAUCAUUCUGAUCGCUAUCAGCCUUGUCGGCUUGACCGCCUGGAGUCUCCGUCAAGGGCAGCGCGGCUAUCCCAUAACCGUCGUCCCGGGGUGUCAUCUGGGAGUUUCGCAACUGGGUGCCAGCCGUGGGUUCCGCUAUCUUGCGCCGCAGUCCUUCGGAUUGAUCUGUUCCCACAGGCCUCAGCAUUUGUUGGAUCUGCCUGUUCACCUUCGACACGAUUAUUUUCGGGCUGACGCUCUAUUUUGGAAGCGUUUCUCGACGGGAAGUAGGCGCGCGGAUGCAUAUGCCUUUGCAUCGCGUUCUAGUUUUCGAUGGUGUGCUGUUUAUUACGGGACCAUGGCUCUGGCAAAUCUGGCGAACAUUGUCACCUUCCUGACUCCAAAUCGCCAUAUCCGGGGCACUCUCGCCUCAUUCGCCACCUGUUUUUCCGUGACCAUGCUGGUCCGGUUAAUGCUGAAUAUCCACGGCCGGUCUGAAGACGGAAUAUUGAACGACGACAACCUCAGCCGCAUCGUCGCUGCAUUCAAUCUCGAGCCCGUCAGUGAUCCCGAGUCUGAUCACGACCUCAUCCGUGAGGAGCCUCGCGCGCGAGACAGCCAUUCUCGCUCGCCUGCUGGACUCGUUCGGUCAGGUAUCGGCUCUCCACAUAGAGAUGAGGGUUGACCUCGAGAUCGGAUGGCUCGUGUAAAAUCAUCGGAUGUAGUGCAUAUAUUGUAGUAGUUUGUACAUAUAACAUGGACGCAAGGAGAACGGACGCGGACCUUUGUCCCUGA